AUGGUACAGUCCAAAUCUGCUUCUCCAGGCUGUGGUUUCGGAGGUUCUACACACACGCUACAUUGUAGUGUCGGGUAGUUCGGAUUCUUUUAGCAUAUGUAUAUAUUUAAUUCAUUUAAAAACAAAGCCACCGCCGGAGCCAGCCUCUCUGACAUGUGACACCCGAUCUGAUAUGGAUGAAGUGUAUGGAUCAGCUAAACGCUUUAAACAAGGAUAGAGUUGUGAUCAACACAAGGUGUCACAAUGACUUCUUCAGUAAAGCAGCAAAAAAACAUUUGUGUAGUUCUUCCCAACAAACACCAGCUGGAGAUCACUGUCGGGCCAAAGGCCACAGGGCAGGAUGUUUUCAAUCAGGUGGCAGAACUUCUUGGUAUCAAAGAGAUGCACUUGUUUGGCCUCACAGUGGUCCGAGACAAUGAGCACAUAUUUUUAGACAUGGAGGAGAAGUUGACCAAGUACUUACCCAAAGAAUGGAAGCAAGAGUCUGGAAAGGGUUUAGAGAAGAGAGCCUUUCCUUUAGUGCUCUGCAUUAAAGUGCAGUACUAUGUUGAAAAUGGCAGACUUAUUAGUGAACGCAAGGCACGCCAUCUGUACUACUCUGACCUGCGCGAGCGGGUGUUGCGCUCGGAAUGCCGUCAACAGGAGGAGGUGUACUUCCAGCUAGCAGGUUACGCCAUGCAGGCGGACCUCGGUGACCACCAGCUGCCCAGGGAGGGGGAAGAGAGUGCCCCUUACUUCCAACCUAAGGAGUACUUUCCUCCAUGGAUAAUAGCGAAGCGGGGACUGAACUAUCUCCUCUGCCAUGGCCCCAAAGUGCACCAGGACCUGUGGGGCAUGUCAGCUCGUGAUGCCAUCCUCCUCUUCAUCAGAGAGUCAUGUCGACUGGAGGAUGUACCAGUCAGAUUUUACAGACUGCAAAAGGACAAGAAGCAAGAGAGGGGAACGGCGGUACUCGGCCUGACCCUGAGAGGAAUGCAGGUUUAUCAGGAGGCAAACAACAUCAGACAGCUGCUGUAUGACUUCCCCUGGUCCAAUGUGGGACGACUCACCUUCCUGGGAAAGAAAUUUGAGAUCCAACCGGAUGGUUUGCCAUCAGCCAGGAAGCUUGUUUACUACACGGGAUCGUCAUUCCGCUCUCGACACCUCCUCUUGCACCUGAGCCGCAGUCAUCGCAUCUACCUCAGCCUCCAGCCUGCCCUCAAGCACCUCCGCCAGCUGGAGGAUAGCGAAGAAAAAAAACGUUACAGAGAGUCUUACAUCAGUGAUGAUCUGGACUUGGACCCACCAGGCAGCGAGAGCAGCCCGGGUUUGUCCCGUAUCUCCACCAGCAGCUCAGGCAUAGAAGCUGACGCCCGCCAACACAGCAUCUCCACAGAAGUCACCUCCAUGGAGGAGGAAUCAGAACGGCAAGCAGAGAAGUGUUCCUGCUCCACAGCCAGCCAAGUCAGCUCCUCUACGUCUGGCAUCGGCAGCGGCAGGAAAUCUCAUACGAAGGAUCAGGUGUGGCAAGAGGAAGAAAUGAAGGCCGAUGUCAGACAGGAAGUUCUAGCGGAUUAUCCAGCUGAAAUGUUCCAGCUGGCUGAUCUUCUCGAUGGUGUGUCCGUGGAUUGCACACUCUCCUCAGAGACAAAAUUGCCAGAGAACAAAGUGUGGCUCUCAGACAACAAUGAACAUCUCCUAAAUGUAGCUAGCACAAGUAUACAGGAUGUGGAAACUAGAUCGCAUGCUUGUGUGGACCGGCACAGCCACAGCCUUGACGAUGUUAGUUUGUUCCCACCUCAGGCACCCCUGGGGACCACACUGCCAGCGGAUUCCUCACACAGCUACACUUUCGGCCUCUCAGACACCUCAGCAGACACAAAGACGCCUGUUGUUCCCGACUAUUACCCUUUCUUGCACUGCCAAGCCAAACCUUCCUUCUACGGUCGCAGGUCUACCAACUGCCUGUCACUGGACCUGCUAGCAGACGAACAGUUCCUGGAGUUCAUUCUUUGAACAAACACAGAGGUCCUCAUAUUUGCCUCAUUUGUGUGAUGAAGGUUGUCUACAGAAUCUGUUUGUUUUUAAUGUGGCCUAGGUGACAAGUGGAGACCUUAUUUUUGUGUGUAUAUUUUCCUCCUACAAUUCUUUGGAGGAGGUCCCAGUUUAUUUUUUUUUUACCAGAAACAUUUCUUUGUCAGUGACAUAUUUAUUGAUUUUUCUAUGUUUUGUACAUACUACUUGCAUUUCAUGACAUUUCAGCUUAUCCAUGCAAAGAUAUUUGAUCAAGGCAAAUGUAUUUUGUUUUGUGUGCCAGCAAUCUCUUGAAAGGUUAUUAAGGGCAAAAUAACUUUUUGUUAUACUCUCUUGGAUAUUCAUCAGAUGGAAUCUCCAUUAAUCUGUUAACUGUAAGAAUAUUUAAAAUGAUCUUGUUAUAUGCCGAGAACAUUCCUGACCACAGUGCCAAUGAUAAUUUUCCUCAGUAUCUUGUUUUCUUUUUUAAAAACAUUUAACACUAUUUUUCUACAGUGUGCUUGGUCAUCCCUUUCCUAUUAUUCUGCCUCAGCAAAUGUAGCUACUGGUGUGGAAAAUGAAACUUCUUUACAGCUUGUAAACCAUUCAUCCAAAGUGUCCACAUGCUUAAACUCUUUUACUAUUUUCAUAAUUACAACAGAACUGUUUGCAAAGCUUUACUUCUGUAAUUGUGACAUUUAUAAUCAAUCUGCAGUAUUUUUCUAUUAUGUAACCUCCAAACAAAGAGCCUUUCUGUCAAGCUAUUUUUUCCCCAGAAUAUUUUCACUGUUUUGUAAAUGCUAAUUAGUAUGCAAAAGAAGAACUUAACCCAGCAUGAGCUCACUGAGAAGGAAUGCCAGUGAUUAAACACUUUAACUCAAUUCUGAUAAUGUGUUACCAACCUGCAGGUUAUGACCAAUGCUCUUGCAUUUUUAUCUAAAGCACAGUUUUUUAUUAUUAUUGAAAAAAUCAAUUUUACUCUGUGAAAUGUUCUAUAAUAUGAUGCACAUGGAGGCAGAGUAUACUGUAUAUACAGAAGAAUGCACAUUCUUGUAGCUGGCCUUUAAUCUUUUUCACGAGACUUGUUGACCUACUGACCUAACUGGGAUACCAUCCUUAUCCCUCGUGGACUGCUUUGGUCAUGUGACAGCUGUAAUAAUGGGAGAGGUCUGCCUGGAAGCUUUUUCUUCCAGACGGUCUUCCUGGGAAAGAACUUUCCAGAUAAGCUUUUGUUAUUAAAUACCCACACUGUU